UUUCCUGAUAGCCGCCCGGGGUCCCCACUCGUCGCCGCUGAACUCCGACACUGCAAAAGCUGUCAAUAACGUUACAGCGGCACACGAGACGGACUACAGGUUACAGAUGGACCAGCAGGACCAGUCCUAUAUGUUUGCCAGUCUGACGCGGCCUCACUCAGAGCAGCUGCUGCAAGGCCUCCAGCUUUUGCGGCAGGAUCACGAACUAUGUGACAUUGUCCUGCGUGUGGGUGAUGCCAAGAUCCAUGCCCACAAAGUAGUGCUGGCCAGCAUCAGUCCUUACUUCAAGGCCAUGUUCACGGGUAACCUGUCAGAAAAGGAGACCUCCGAGGUGGAAAUCCAGUUCAUCGAUGAGACUGCCUUGCAGGCCAUCGUUGAGUAUGCCUACACUGGCACGGUGUUUAUCUCCCAGGAAACGGUGGAAUCUCUACUACCGGCCGCCAACUUACUCCAGGUUAAGCUAGUACUUAAGGAGUGCUGCUCCUUCUUAGAGAGCCAGCUGGAUGCUGGGAACUGUAUAGGCAUCUCCCGCUUUGCAGAGACAUAUGGCUGCCAUGAUCUGUGUCUGGCUGCAACUAAGUUCAUCUGUGAGAACUUUGAGGAAGUUUGUCAGACAGAGGAGUUUUUUGAACUGACAAGGGCCGAGUUGGACGAAAUUGUGUCCAAUGACUGCCUUAAGGUGGUCACAGAGGAGACUGUAUUUUACGCCCUGGAAUCGUGGAUCAAAUAUGAUGUAACUGAGAGACAGCAGCAUCUGGCUCAGCUGCUGCACUGCGUUCGCCUUCCACUCCUCAGCGUCAAAUUCCUCACUCGCCUAUAUGAAGCCAACCACCUUAUACGAGAUGACCACGCAUGCAAGCACCUGCUCAAUGAGGCUCUCAAAUAUCAUUUUAUGCCUGAGCACCGACUCUCCUAUCAGACUGUGUUGUCGGCACGACCCAGGUGUGCUCCUAAGGUGCUGCUUGCAGUCGGAGGCAAGGCUGGACUGUUUGCCACAUUAGAAAGCAUGGAAAUGUAUUUCCCUCAGACAGAUUCGUGGAUAGGACUGGCCCCUCUCAGUGUGCCACGAUAUGAGUUUGGUGUAGCAGUGCUGGACCACAAGGUGUACGUGGUUGGAGGCAUUGCCACACACAUGAGACAAGGCAUUAGCUAUCGGAGACACGAGAGCACAGUGGAGUGCUGGGACCCCGAAAGCAACACCUGGUCCUCGGUAGAGCGUAUGGCCGAGUGCCGCAGCACUCUCGGAGUGGUGGUCCUGGCUGGAGAGCUGUACGCCCUAGGAGGCUAUGACGGCCAGUAUUACCUUCAGUCGGUGGAGAAGUAUGUCCCCAAGUUAAAGGAGUGGCAGCCAGUGGCACCCAUGACAAAGUCCCGCAGCUGCUUUGCCACCGCUGUGCUGGAUGGAAUGGUGUAUGCUAUUGGUGGCUAUGGCCCAGCCCAUAUGAACAGCGUGGAGCGGUACGACCCCAGCAAGGAUGCCUGGGAAAUGGUAGCUCCCAUGGCAGAUAAGAGGAUCAACUUUGGAGUAGGCGUCAUGCUCGGCUUCAUAUUUGUUGUGGGUGGACACAACGGAGUGUCGCACCUGUCCAGUAUUGAGAGGUAUGAUCCACACCAGAACCAGUGGACAGCCUGUCGGCCAAUGAACGAACCACGCACCGGUGUGGGCUCUGCCAUCGUGGACAACUACCUCUAUGUGGUGGGAGGUCACUCUGGAUCAUCCUACCUGAACACUGUCCAGCGCUAUGACCCCAUCUCAGACAGCUGGUUGGACUCAAGUGGCAUGAUGUAUUGCCGUUGUAACUUUGGUCUGACUGCCCUUUGACCCAUGGCCAGCCAGCUAGGACCCAAUAAGAGAACUUAGACACAAAGACUUUUCUUCUUUUUUGUCUCCUCCUCCCCCACAUUCAUCCUCCAGGUGCAGAGGAGAGCUGCACACCAACGGGAACACCAGAGGAGAGAGAGCCUGCUGGGUGGAUGGAUGUGCUGGGCUAGCUGGCUGGCUAGAGGGGGACCACAGACAUGACUGCAGAGAUGAAGUGCUACAAAGUUGUGUGUGUAUAAGAAAGGAAGAUGAUUGGACUGAAAGGCUGUUGUCUUGGGCACAAGGAGACGACCGCUCUACUGCUGCUGGACCACAAUGAGGACUCUGAGCCAUUUCCCAGAGGAUUGUGGGAGAAAUCUUGUCAAUUUUGUUUUAAAAUUCUGUGUUAUGUUAGCAGACU